CUGCUCUGACGUCAGCAACCUGCAAUUGUGCGAAUGAACUAACGGGAGGACCGAGUCCCUACCGGAGCUACCGGGAGGCAGUAGAGUUACAGAGCGAGUCCCCGCCGCCCGCCCCGGAGGAGCCAAACGGAGGAAGGUCCGACUGAGAACCGAGCGAUGCGAGCGCAGCAGUAGAGGCACAAUAGCGACGAGAAAAGGAGCGAGAAAAGGGAACCGUUAUCGUGAUUUACCGACACAAGACAGACACGGAGACCCACCACCGAGACCACGCAACCAGCUGCGGAGGCUACAUCGUGUUUUAUUAUCCCCCCUUUUGCGCUUUGGAUCAAACCGAGUGGAUCCGUGAUUUAAAUGCUUUAACGGUGCCUCCGUCCCCGGUUUGAGAGAAGAGAGGGAGCUGCCCAGAGAGAAACCAGAGGGAUCACUGAGGGAUCGAAGGCGCAGCGUACAGAAAAAAAGGAGGAAAUAAGGAUUUCCAAAGCAGCUUUUUUGUUUGUUUGUUUCCAGACGCGCAAGUUUCGUUUCUCCACCUAUUUUUUUUUUCAUUUUUCUUCCGUGGAUCCCGGUACCGGUAACGCUAUCAAGCUGUGUUCUCUAACCAUGGGAUGUACUCUGAGCGCAGAGGAGAGGGCGGCUCUGGACCGGAGCAAAGCCAUCGAGAAAAACCUCAAGGAGGACGGUCUGACCGCGGCCAAAGAUGUGAAACUGCUGCUGCUCGGGGCUGGAGAGUCAGGGAAAAGCACCAUCGUCAAACAGAUGAAGAUUAUCCAUGAGGAUGGUUUCUCUGGCGAUGAUGUAAAGCAGUACAAGCCUGUCGUUUACAGCAACACCAUCCAAUCUCUGGCCGCCAUCGUCCGUGCCAUGGAUACGCUGGGCCUGGAGUAUGGAGACAAAGAACGCAAGGCGGAUGCUAAGAUGGUGUGCGAUGUGGUCAGUCGUAUGGAGGACACGGAGCCUUACUCCGCCGAGCUGCUUUCCGCCAUGAUGCGUCUGUGGUCCGACUCAGGCAUCCAGGAGUGUUUCAGCCGCGCCCGAGAGUACCAGCUCAACGAUUCAGCGCAGUACUACCUAGACAGCCUAGAUCGGAUUGGUGCUGCAGACUACCAGCCGACAGAGCAGGACAUCCUGAGGACCCGAGUGAAGACCACGGGCAUCGUUGAGACACACUUUACCUUCAAAAACCUUCACUUCAGGCUGUUUGAUGUUGGAGGUCAGAGGUCGGAGAGGAAGAAGUGGAUCCACUGUUUCGAGGACGUCACAGCCAUCAUUUUCUGCGUGGCGCUCAGCGGAUACGACCAGGUGCUGCAUGAGGACGAGACCACGAACCGCAUGCACGAGUCUCUGAAGCUCUUUGAUUCCAUCUGUAACAACAAGUGGUUUAAGGACACCUCCAUCAUCCUCUUCCUGAACAAGAAGGACCUGUUUGAAAGCAAGAUCAGCAAGUCACCACUAUCCAUCUGCUUCCCUGAAUACAUCGGUCCGGAUACGUACCUAGAGGGAAUAGCCUACAUUAAGUCUCAGUAUGAGAGCAAGAACAAGUCGCCCAACAAAGAGGUCUACUCCCACGUGACCUGCGCCACCGACACCAACAACAUCCAGUUUGUGUUCGAUGCCGUCACUGAUGUCAUCAUAGCCAACAAUCUGCGGGGUUGUGGCCUGUACUGAUGAGUCUUCUCAAUCUUAGCCAAUGAUGAUGGAGGUUGUAUUCGUGGUACCUGUAUGUGCCACACGUGGGAGUGAUGUCAUCCUGUCACGGCCAGUUAAAUUCGGCUGUGUUCAUGAUGUCAUAAUGCUGAUUUACUACCAAGCUGGCCUCUUGCCCAGCUUUGAAUUAAUUCCUCGAUUGAUUGGUUGGUUGGUUGGGUUGGUUGAUUGAUUCAUUGGUUGGUUGAGACUUUUUGUAUACUCUUUUUUAAUUCCCAGAGAAGAACCAGCUGCACUUUCCAGUAACGCUGUGCUUCAGGAAUACAAAAUUCCUGAGAAUUAUUUGGAAAUGCAAUCGUAGAAGUAAGCCGAGCACAAAUUAGGUGCACCCUUCUCAGUCCAGCAGAACAAUAAAGCAGGAAUCCUUCUUCUACCCAGACGUAUUUCUUAUUAUUUUGAAAAAAAUGUGACUAUUCGCUCUUCCGUGCCUUUAGAUUUAUGCCUCGGUCACAUGAAGAACCGAUGUGAAACUGCAUAUAAAUAUGUCAUCAAUCUUAAUCGGGGUCAAGUUCAGUUCACUCCCAGUGGAAGUCGGGGCCGCCUAUAUUAACUGCGUAAGAUUGAAACUGUCUAAACAACAUUAUGUUCAGCCUAGCAAGAAGAAAUUCAAAGAAAACGCUAAAUCAUCCGCAAGAAAAACUGCACAUCACUGCGCACACAUGCAGCCGAGUGAUUAAGGUGAAUUCUCUGCAACCGCAACAUCCUCAUUUUGAUCCCAGCAGACUACCAUUCUGUCUUUCUUCACUUUUUGUUUCUGCCCCUCCGUCGUUAUUUUGUAUGUGUUGUGUAGUUUGUUUUCCUCUGUUGUUGUUUACUGAUGACAGUUGACAGUUCUGAUGUAUGUGGUGCGCUGCGUAGGGUCUGACUGCUGCACUUUUACCUAAGGCCUUUAAAACUGUGGAACUUGAAAAUGAUUUAGCUUAAAUAAAUAAACACAGGUAUGAAUUAAAGCCAUUAUAUAGCAUAAAUGGAAUAAAUUAUUACAGAAGUAGAUGGAAAAUUCAGGUAAUUAUAAUGAGAUGUACAUUAUUUUCACUUUAACGUAGUUCUGUUGGGAUUAAUAUUGAUAUUAUUGAUUUAAUUUCAGUUUAUUUAGCCUGCUAACAGGCUGAGAUCAUUGGAGAAAAUAGUGACACAUUUUAUAUCAUUCUAUAAUGGUGAAAUAUGACAUUAUAGAAAAUAAUUUGCCAUUAGAAAAAUGUUGUUCACUGCUCCUUGACAUGAAAAUAUACUGCGUAAAAAAGUUCCUUUCUUAAGACCCAUAAUGAAAUCAUUAAGCAAUUUUCCAUUUCAUGUUUGUCUCCUUUUUAAUGAGAUAAUUUCUUUUUUACAGUGACUUAUUUAUUAUUUAGCAUUUUGAAGUUCUGCAUUAAAAAGCACGACGCUUUGGUUGGCAAAAACACAAGAAGUAGGACCAGUUAAUAACACCAUGUCCAUUUAUCUCGUUUCUGGCGUUUUAGGAUCGACAUGUAGAAUCAGCCUCAAUGCAGCAAAGCUUUGCUCAUUCAAAACCUGAGGGAGCUUCAGAGAUUAUGGGGGAGAGUGCAGCGCUCACAAUGCUAAAUGUACUAAUCAGACCAAAGUUAAUCCCCGUUAUGAAACAUGACCGUUGUUGGCUAUUGUGCAGCUUUUGUGCCUAAGUGCUUUAUAGAACUGCAUUUUUGAAUUUGUGGGACUUUAGGCUGUGGAUUUUAAAUCUGAACAAUUCUGACUUUGACAAAUCACAGUUAAAGUAUUGAAAAAACACAACGGCAGAGAGAUACGUUGAAUUAAUGCGACAGUUUCAACAAGGAUGGCCUCAUUUAAAAAAAAAAAAAUCCAAAACUGGUGCAGGUAGAAUCAUUUAAUGAUGCUAUAAUUCUGUCAUUCUAUGACUUUGGCUGUUAAGAAGAAAAUAUGUACACCAGAAAAACAUUAUUGGCAGAAAAAUUAAUAUUUUGUAGGGUCAUCUGAUUUGAGCAAUGUCAGCUUGUCAGUUAAUAAAAACCUACCCAGCAUAAAACGGAAUUUUGUUUCCAUGUUGAAAAUUUAGCAGUGCCACAAGGAUUAUUGUUGCAAAUCCUCUGAGUUUUGACUUUGGAUGCAUUUUACUUGGGUGUAAACGUCCAACUGAAGCCAUCUAAUGUUAUUACAUUCCAGAAUAUUGUUAUUAAAGAGGAAACUAGACUUCUACAAGUCCUCCUGCCUCCAUUUUUAUGAAAAUCUAGCCCCUGACUGGAGGCUUCAGCCAAUCACAGGGCUGCUCAGUGAUCAGGUGAGAGAGUAUAAAAAGCAACAACACCCGUGGUGGGAAUAGGAUGUUGUUAGACAGCAGGCUUCCACUCAGGAGGGAAGGGUUCGAAUCCCAUGCCACACCAGAGGUGAAUGUUGACUUUUAUCUCGGCUGGUGUUGUGCGUUCGGAGCACGUGCACACACCCGUGCUUGUUUGGUGAAAGCAGCUUAGGGAAGAGGGACAUAUUUCUCCCAGAUUUCUGCCUACUGCAGGUUUAGUUCAUGAUGAGCAAGCUGCAAUUUUGUGCUAGAAAGAGGCUGCUAUGAUCAUUCAUCCCUGCAGGAUCAGUCUCUAGUUCCUGACUCUAGUUGCACCACGCAUGGCACCACUGUAAAAAUCACUUACAACAAAGACCUACAGGAGCUGGUGCUGACUCAAUCAGACAAUUCCCAGAUAAUGCUUCGAUGGAGGCAUUGAUUUAUUUAUUUAUUUUUUUUUUUUAGAGCCUUGGGGCUGCAUCCAUUGUGUGUGGCUGCACAGUGUAAUAUCCCUGUUGUCCAGCACUCCACCUUAAUAAGCCAGAGAUGAGCUUGGAAAGAUUACGAGCUGCUGAGUUCAUCCUCUGGGAUGAGAAUGUCAGCCGUCCGACUGUUGCUUUUUGUUGCCCUGAUGUUUUGGUUUCUGCUGAAUGAGUUAGUGGAGAGAUGCAUUUAAUAGCAGAAAAAUAUCAUCAGCUCCUCUCUACUCUCUUUAUAAGCAACAGCAUCGCAUAGAAAUAUGGAAAAGCUACUGUGUUUGUUUGUGGGACUUAGUGAGCUGAGUGUGUUUACAGCCCUACUGUUAUAAGUGCUCCCCAGCAAACAGAGGUACAGAGCGUCUUUACUUAUUUAUGACAGGGGCGUUUGCUUUAUUCCACUCAUCUCUCCACACUCACACAGCGAGGGUGUGUCUCCGUUUUCUGCUACAAUUUAAAAAAAAAAAAAAAACAUGUAGAUGACACCAACAGCUACCACAUCUGUGCCAGAUUCCCUAAUGAGACACCGAGAGCUGCCUACGGCUGUUGAUCAGCCUGCUUCGUGUGUGUCUGUUUGUGUAAUUUGUGCGUUUACAGAUUGUGUAUAGUUACCUACCUGUGUGUCUGUUGAUAGUACAGGAAAGGUCACUGUGUGUGUGUGUGUGUGUGUGUGGUUGUGCGUGUACGUGCUUUCAUUGUGAACAUGUGGAUGUGUAGUGUAAGAGGCAACAUCAGCCCAUGGGUGUUGCGGUGGAGUCAGUAUCUGUGGAUUAAUUACCCCGAAGGCACCUGUCUACCCUUUAUACACACACACACACACACACACACACACACACACACACACACACAUGCUAUGAAGACACAAACACGCCCACCGGACUUCAAAAUGUCACAACACCUUCCUUGCCGUUGCCAAAUAAUACCACCGCUUCCAGCCACACAGCCUUCAGUGCUUUUCGGCUCUUUCGUCAAACAAGAAGCCUGCUGCCACUUCUGCUAAAAGUCAUUUAGUUCAUCAUCUUCUCCUCUGACUUCUGCCACAUGAGGAAGGAAAAUGAUCUGUCUGCAUUGGCUGCAUGACUGUUAACAAAUGCGUGAAACCUCAAGUGUUUGGCAUGAAAUUUUCUUAACUUCUCAGCCUCGUCAGUGGUUACACUGGUGCACAGACACUUCCCUUUAAUAGUUUGGUUUUUCAUUUGCAUAAAAGCCAAACCAGUGUUUCCGUGCUUCGUGUCGAAAGAAAAAUGAAACUAUUCUCGGGUUAUUUUAGCUUGUACCACCAUAGAAUCAUGCAUUCCCCUCUCUGUCUUUACUCCACCACUGUGAAGAUAUCUUAGGUGAAUUCAUCGUUUGUUGUGUGAAUAAUCUUGUUUAGAAUCAUUGCAUGGAGACGCUGCAGUUACAGUAAAACAAAGUGUCUUUGUUACCGAAGUUGUUGUGCAGCGUGAUUAUGGUUUCCGUGCCUGAGAGCUUAAAAGCUGCAGCAUAUUUUUAUAUCUAAAAUCUGAAUGCAUCUUGUGUAGCUUACUGCUUACUGCUCCUGCUACGCUUUCUGUGUCGACACAGUAUAAAGAGCAGCCCGCAUGGUGAAAUAUUCAUCCACAUUUAGUAAGCGAGCUCCAAUUCACAUUCAGAUGAAAGGAAAUCCCUACAUUUGUGUUUGUCCUUGGGGUUGCAUUGUGUUUCAGCUUUGUCUUCCAACUUCUUUCAUGCCAUUAUUAACCCGAGGCAACACAGAACAAAAUGUAGUCAUGCUUCUACUGUCCUUCAGCAGCAUGCUACAUUGUUCAGAUGCAUUUCAAAAUUUAAUUUAUUUACAAUACGUAGCAACACUUCAAUUAAAUUUAAAGGCAGUGCUGUGUUUUUGCAUCACUAAAUCAGCUGCUACAAAUCACUUAUUAAGCAACGCUACGAUGUGUUUCACGUAUUCAGCCAACCUUUGAAUGCAUUUCAUUUUUAAAUAGUGUUGAAAUCUCCCUACAGAGACUUAAAAUAUGGUUUGAAAUAUUCCAUCAUAUUGUAAAGAUUAGGUCGUCUGUUGCUGUAAUCAAACAGUCCUCAUUGUGUAGAUUUUAUUGUGUGCACUGAAUUAGAAUUUGAAAAAUAAAAUGUAGCGUUACAAGCAAGGAUGUGAUGUGAUGGAUUGUAAGGUAAAACAAGUUGCAAAACUAAAAGUCGAAUGAAAAGGCUAGAAAAAUAGAUGUGCUAUUAUGCAAGUACAUGUGUGCAUCUUAACAAAAUAUGUGAUUCUAGAAACUGACAUAUGAACUACUUGCAGGAUUUGCUGGUGAAAAGGCAAAAAGCUGACAUGCUAACUGCUAACAGUCUGCAAUGCUUACUGUCAUUCAACAAAAUUUCAAUUAAAGGGGAAAAAAAAUAAGGAGUUGAGCUAGUUAGCUGGAUUGCUGUCAGUUCAUCAGUUAGUUUCUUCAAAUAUUAGUACUAGAAAUAGGGCUUGCUAUUCCUGAAUGCAUUUUUGAAUGACAAACUUCACUAAAUAUGACACAAAAUUAAUUGUUUUGACUUGGGAUGACUUUUCUUCAAAAUUCUCUCUCUCUUUUUUUUAAAGCUGUCGUGGCCAGACCUUCUCAAGUCUCAGGCACAAUAUCAUGAUUUAAAGUAUUUAUGAUGUGAAGUAAACAGAAAAACAAGCCCACUGUGCAAUGAAAGUGAAUCUAUUUUUUUAUUGGAGGAGAACAGUUUGAUAAAGUGCUCUCUGUGUGCUUCAUUCUCGGACUCUCGGUACAUAAAAUGAGAACUGAGUCCUUCAGGAUGGCAAAAACUGCCCAACCUCAAAUACGAACCCUUGAUUUCCUCACGUUGUCAUUAUUUCUUGGCCAUAACCCUCUUCAUUCUGCCCGCCUCAGCAGCUCUGCAGCUGUAAAGCAAUUAGUGGUUUAUAAGGUGAAGACAGGAUUGAUGUUGGCACAGAGAAGACGUGUGUGUCUGUGCUGUUCACAGUCUGUCUUCACUCAUGAAUUAGGAAUAAACCCCAAAGAACAAGACGCCAAGAGGACGCUGUGUAAUAGAAUUUAUGUCCUGCUUGAGUUCUGAUGAUAAAUAAUGAAUUCCCAUAGGCUGCAGUGAAGGAGAGAUUUGUGGGUAAUGUAGUCUAUGCAAAGGGAGUUUGUUUGUUUGUUUGUUUUUACCAUGGUGGCGUAGUGGUUAGCACUUUCGCCUUGCAGCUAGAAGAUCCCCGGUUCACAUCCCGGCCUUCCCGGGAUCUUUCUGCAUGGAGUUUGCAUGUUCUCCCUGUGCAUUUCUCUGGGUUCUCCAGCUUCCGCACACAGUCCAAAAUAUGCUGAGGUUAAUUGAUGAUUCUAAAUUGCCUGUAGGUGUGAAUGUGAGAGUGAUUGUUUGUCUGUAUAUGUAGCGACAGACUGGUGAUCUGUCCAGGGUGUCCCCUGUCUUCGCCCCAAGUCAGCUGGGAUAGGCUCCAGCCCCCCCACCACCCUAAUGAGGAUUAAGCAGUGUAUAGAUAAUGAAUGGAUGAAUGGAUGCUUUUACCAUGUGUGGAUAACGCAAUCAGCAGUCCAUUCAGGUAACACAGGUGUAGCUGUGUAGCUGCUUCUCUGGGCAGCAGGUGGCGAUACAAAAGAAACCUUGUGCCAUGUCACAACCUUACCAACUAAAAAAAAAAGCUGUUGAAAUGUCACAAUAGCAGCCAAAUGAAGAACGACUGAAUUUCAGUCCCUUUUACAACUUUAGUGCCAAAUAUUUCCCUCAUGUCGGUUUUACAUGAGCUCCACUUUUUUUUUAAUUUGCUGAAAUAUUAAUGCAUCAAAUAUAGAAAUAGAGUUGCCUUUGAGUCACCUUAUAAUAUGCUGCUCCCGCUCAACCUUGCCAAUUGAUGUAAUGAGCUCUUAAGCCUGUGCAGAGCUGAGGAGAUGUGCUGCUCCGCUGCUGGACUGGGAGAGGAGUCAGAGAGCUGCAGGGCACACGACUGUAACGAACACGGCUCCAAUUAAAGGAGGCCGAGUUCACGCUGGUACAUUUAGAAUCCCUGCACUCGUUGCGCUCUCACUGCUGCACUUCUUUUAGCCCUCAACCCUCCAAUGUCCAUUUAACCCACGUGUUUACUGCCUUAAAACCAACCAACGCUUUCUAUACUGUACAGGUCACCUACAGCGAAAUCUACAAAACUCUUAAGCGUGUGUUUGCGUGAGCGAGUGUGCGUCUGAGUGCGUGCGCGAUUGCUGUAUGUUUCUGAGCACUGUAGGUAAAAACGCAUCUGCUGUAACUCCCUCACUGUUGUGAUAAUUUAUUGAGCGUUGUAUUUAUACAUGACAAUGAUAAUAAAGCACCACAUGAGUAACUCGA